AUGGCGGCGUGCAGCAGCAACAGCAACAUGCGGAGAGAAGAACAGACAGAAGAGAAAAAGAAAGCCCGAGAGAAGAGUGCAAAGAAGAGGAGUAAAGAGGAGGGAGAUGAGGGGGACGAAGGAGAGGAGAUCUUCAGUUUCAAAGAUAAAGCAGCUGUCGAUGAAGAGGAAGAUGAUGACCUGUCAGACAGUGAGGACAGCGUUUACUCUGGACUGGAGGAUUCUGGGAGCGACAGUGAUGAUGAGGAUGAUGAUGAUAAAGAUGACAAUGAAGAGGAGGAGGAGGAAGAGGAUGGAUCUGGUAAUGAAGAUGAAGAGGAGGAUCUGAAGACAGAGACUCAGCAGACAGGACAGACGGAGCAGAAGAAGACGACAACGAUGAAGAAGAAGAAGGAAGGAAAAGAAGUAACAGAAGAAGAGAAAGUCAACGAGUAUGAACACGACUCAUCAGAUGAAGAGGACAUCAGGAACACUGUGGGGAACAUUCCCAUGGAGUGGUACAAAGACUUUCCUCACAUUGGCUACAAUCUCGAUGGGAAGAAGAUCUAUAAGCCAAUCAGAAAUAAGGACGAACUGGACGAAUUCCUGGACAAAAUGGAGAACCCCGAGUACUGGAAAACAAUCCAUGACAAGCAGACAGGACGUGACAUCGUUCUGUCAGAUGAGCAGGUGGAUCUGGUGAACCGUCUGCAGAGAGGACAGUUUGGAGAUGUCAACUUCAAUGAGUACGAGCCCACUGUGGAGUUCUUCACUUCAGACGUGAUGAUCCAUCCGGUCACCAACAGACCUGCAGACAAACGCAGCUUCAUCCCAUCACUCAUAGAGAAGGAGAAGGUGUCUAAAAUGGUCCACGCCAUAAAGAUGGGUUGGAUUAAACCUCGGCGGGUGGAGGACGACAGUAAAGGGCGGUACUAUGAUCUGUGGACAGGUGAGGACUCCUCACUUGUGGCCAAACACAAGAUGCACCUGCCCGCCCCCAAAAUCCCACUUCCCAGUCACCAGGAGUCCUACAACCCCCCACCUGAGUACCUGUUCACAGACGAGGAGAGGGCUCUGUGGGACCAGCAGGAUCCGUCAGACAGGAAGUUACCGUUCGUUCCCAGAAAGUUCUCGAGCCUCCGUCAGGUUCCUGCGUUUCCACGAUUCAUCCAUGAACGCUUCGAACGCUGCCUCGACCUUUACCUGUGUCCACGACAGAGGAAGAUGAGGGUGAACGUAAAUCCAGAAGACCUGAUUCCAAAGCUGCCCAAACCCAAAGACCUGCAGCCGUUUCCCACCACACAGUCUCUGGUAUAUCGGGGUCACACUGGUCUGAUCCGCUCCAUCAGUGUGUCUCCAUCAGGACAGUGGCUUGCUUCAGGAAGUGAUGACGGCUCCGUCAGGAUCUGGGAGGUUUGUUCGUCUCGUUGUAUGAAGACGGUCCAGGUGGGCGGAGCUGUGAAGAGCAUCAGCUGGAACCCGAACCCUGCCGUCUGUCUGCUGGCGGUCGCUGUGGAAUCGGUGGUCUUGAUCCUGUCUCCUUCUCUAGGAGACAAACAGGUCAUCUCGGCCACAGAGCGUCUUCUCUCAGGUCAGCAGGAGGCGGAGACAACAGAAGGGGAGGGGCCUGUUUCCUGGAUUGAGACGGAGGGGGAGGAACUUAACCAGGGGAUCCACCUGAAGAUUCAGCAUGCCAAAGCCGUCCAGCAGGUGGCGUGGCAUGCUAAGGGUGACUACCUGGCGUCAGUGAUGCCGGACCACUCGAGCCACCUGCAGGUGCUGAUCCAUCAGCUGAGCAGGAGGCGGAGCCAGAACCCGUUCAGGAAGAACAAAGGCCUAGUGCAGUGCGUAUCCUUCCACCCCAUCAGGCCCUACUUCUUUGUGGCCACGCAGCGCUGCAUCCGCAUCUACAACCUGGUCAAACAGGAGAUGACCAAGAAACUCCAAGCCAACUCCAAGUGGAUCUCCAGCAUGGACGUGCACUCGUCAGGUGAUCAUGUGAUCUGUGGCAGUUACGACUGUAGACUGGGCUGGUUUGACCUUGACCUCUCAACCAAACCGUACAAGAUGUUACGACACCAUAAGAAGGCCGUGAGGGGCGUGGCCUAUCACAGAUCUUACCCGCUGUUCGCUUCAGCAUCAGAUGACGGAUCAGUGAUCAUCUGCCACGGGACAGUUUACAAUGACCUGCUGCAGAACCCUCUGAUCGUACCGGUGAAGGUGCUCAAAGGUCAUGAAAUCACUCAUGACCUGGGCGUCCUGGAUGUGACCUUUCACCCCACACAGCCCUGGGUCUUCUCAUCUGGAGCCGAUGCCACCGUUCGACUGUUCACCUGAAUGCAAUGUCUGAUCUGUGUUUCAUAAAAGUUUUUUCACUUUUUUUUAUUCACAUUAACAUCUAGAGAUUAAACUGUUUGUGGCCAUGAACAUAAAGAUAAAACUCUAAAUAAAAAAUUAUGUUUAUUAAACUGUUUAAUACUUU